AUGCUGCACUCGCUUCUUCUCCUCACCAUCUCACUCUUUCUUGCGGUCGCUUACGCCUCUCCCCAGCAUCAAGCUGACUAUGAUAACCCACUCGCAAUCAGAGACGUUGUCACUGUGACGAGUACUCUGACUGCAACUGUCAUCGCUUCGACACUCGCUUCGACACUCACUUCGACCACAACAAGCUCGACCACGACCUACGCCACGCCUCUCACUCAGCCAACGUCGUGGCUCACCGUCACUGCCGCGCGGAGCGGCUCCGAGAUCCACCUCCUCCCAAUGAAUGCUGCAGGGCUGCGCUUCUGGUUGGGCGGCAACACCAUAUCGUACUGCCCUGAGCAAGUUGAGGAUCAGUAUGCUUGCCCGCCUGGCAACACCACAGUCCUUUCGGUCUGCAGCAUGGGCGUUCUUGUUCCUGGCGGCCAGCAAAUCUAUGUCACCCCAAGGGGCGAGCUGGGCUACACCCAGGCUCAUAGCAUAUCGAUGCCACCUGGAGCAGUCUCAUGUCCCUUCACUUAUACAAAGGCACCCGGAGCAUACAUUGGGCGUCUUUUGAUGUCAAUUGGAGCUCCUUUUGGGAUCACAGGUUUCAUGGCUUGUCCAACGCGAAGCAGAGGGAUCUACCAAGUGUUCGGCAACCUGAAGAAUGCAACGGUUCCACUGGGCAAUGUAUCUCAGUGUAUUGGCUUCGAUCCUCUGGCCGCGGAUGCUCCUGGUCCUGGUGCAUGGCAAUAUACUUGA